AUGAGGGCACAGUCUGACACAUGGUUCUCCGAAUACCUCCUUAGAAUUGGCAAUGGCACAAAAGAGAUGAUUGGUGCUGACUAUGUAUGUCUCCCUGAUGAUAUUGUGAUCGGUUACAACACCACAGAAGAAUCAAUUGACAAGUUCAUUGAAAAUGUAUUCCCAUGUCUUCAGAACAAUGCUACACUAGGGGCUUACAUUAGCUCACGUGCUAUCCUUUCAACAAAGAAUGAGCAUGUGGAUGAGCUGAAUGCAAUGAUGAUUGAUAAGUUUCCAAGCAAAGAGAAGGUAUACUACAGCUUUGACCCCGUCGACGAUGAUUCACGCAACAACUACCUGAUCGACUUUCUGAACUCAAUCACACCAAAUGGCUUGCCCCCACAUGUGCUCAAAGUCAAAACCAACUGCCCAGUUAUCCUGCUUCGAAACCUUGAUCCCCACAAUGGUCUGUGCAAUGGAACAAGGCUAAUGGUUAGAGCCUUCCAAGAUAACGCGAUUGGUGCCGAGAUUGUUAAAGAGGAAAACAAUUUUCAAUUCACCUAA